GGAAAGCAUUCCUUCCGGUUUUAAAGCGUACUUUCACAAAAAUAAUCGGGAAGUGUUCAAAAUGGCUUCUUCAGAAAAGAGACCACGGAAAGGAAUCUUAAAAACGUCUACAAGUUUCGACGGCAAUGACCACCAUCCAAGGAACAAAGAGAUGACCUGGGAUGAGAUGAACAUUAUAGCUACCCAUCAUCCCCCAGACAAAGAUUAUGGUCACAUGAAGAUUGACGAGCCACCGACGCCAUACAGUAAGUGUUCUGAUCUAGAGGAUGAAGAUGACGAGACUACAGGAGAACGACGAGGAAGUGUCAGUGACAAAACUAAAUUAGAUGCCAAAUCUCUUAGUUCAAGAUUGGAAGAUAUUGAGGCACCUACAAGACAGAGGCGUGUCUCCACAGAAGAAGACGAUUCCAGUGAUGAAGAAGAUGAGGAAUUGACAGAAGAGGACAGAGAGCAUAGGAAAAAGUUUGAACAGAAGCGUAAAAUUCAUUAUAAUGAAUUCCAAGCAGUAAAAUUAGCCAAGCAGUUAAUGGAAGAAGAAGAUGAUGACGAUGAUGAAGAAGAUGAAACUGGGGAUAAUGGUAGUAAUACACGGGAAAGUGUUCAAAUGCAGACUGAUCAGUCACCGGGUACAGAUAUUGAUAGUACCGGUGAAAAGUUAACAUCAGGAGUUCUGAAGGUUUCAGGGAGCUCUGCGUCAGGUCGUAAUAGCCUGGCAGAGACCACAAUGGAUGCAGCCGGCCACUUAGAAACUCAAAUUAAUUAACUACCCAUUUCUGUCUAUAAUUAUCUCUCUUAUGAUUUUUUUUUCCGUGUGUAAUGUAUAGACAUUUUAAAAGUUUUCAAAAACGUUUAGGAAGUAGAUUAGAUAUAAAGCAUUAAUUAGUUCUACUGUUGUUUUGUACAAAAUAUGUAUAUUUUUGAUGUAUGAGUAUAAAGUUGUCAUUUAUUUUCACCGACUUGAUGUUUUUUACAGUCUCUGUAUACGCCAUUCAUGCUAUUUGAUUUUUGUCCACCAUGGUACAAUGUAUUAAGUUGUAUCUUUCCUAAUGAUUAUCCAAAUUUUGUAACUGCAGAUCUGGUAACAUGGUUUUGCUAUUUAAUUCCAUAGUUAAAGGUGCUCCACAGAGGUCAAAAAACCUAAUAAAGCCUGGAAAAUCUGCAAAAGAUGAUAAAGAAGUAUACUCAGUUGGAAAUUAAGUUUUUGCAACACUAAAAUUGACAUUUUGCACAAUUAAAAUUAUUAUAAGAAAAUGGAGGGAGGAAGUGUUCUGAAAUUUUGCACACAAGUUUAGAAAAAAAAAAUUUCGAGUGCCUUCAUGACAAAAAAACUCAGUGGAGUUCCUUUAAAUUUUUAAUUGGCAUUGAAAGGAUUUUAUUUCUUUCAUUGUCUUUGGCUCUGAUAUGUUUAGAUUGAAGGGACAAUUUUAAUUUUUUACAGAUUUUUUGCGGAGGGAUUCAGUCUCAAAAUUAAACUUUUUCCCAGUAUUUUAGUAAUGUGACACAUAACCUUGAGAUUGGGAAAUUUUGCGGUAUUUGUCUCAGAAUUGGGAUAAAUGUGAGAAAAUGUUUUAUAACAGCUGGGUCUCAUAUUUAAUUUAGAUAAAACUGAGUAUGUGGGUUGGCUUUGAACAAGCUAUUGGAAAUCAGACAGAUUUUAAGUUGCCAUUUAAAGUUUUUGUCUGAGAUUUGAGAAAACCAAUAAUAUUCUCCAUUGAGAAUAUGAGUCAAUAUUUGCUAUUAAGUAGACCCUCCUCUCUCUCCCCCAAAAAAGCUGUGUGUAAAAUUCACAAUUAAGAAAUCCCCUGGAGGGCUAUCAAAAAAAGUAGAAAAACAAAAAUGUUUGUGGAAAUAAAUGACAAGUGCAUUUGGUGCAUGUUGUUAAUGUUAUUUUUGUAAUGUACUGUUGAAAACAGGGUGAAAGCUAUGUAAAAUUUAUGUUCCUAGAUAAUUUCUUAACAUGUUCUUGUUAUAUAACAUUGAUGAUAGUCUAUGACUGAUUUUUUUUGCAUGAUUUAUUUUUAAGUUUGUUUUUUUUUCUUGAAAAAAAAAAUGAAUGAAUAAAAAUAUGACAAUUCUAAGAUUUUUUAUGUUGAUGGUUGUAUAAUGCAAAUGGCAUGGAUCUAUAAAUAUAAUUAAUUAAAUCUAAGGCUAAAAAAGAGUUACUUUAAGGGGCAUGAAAAUUUGUGUACUUCUUAGUCCUAUAUGCAAACUAUGAGCACGAUGUCACCAUUGACCAAUGGCGAUUGGUUUUAAACUUUGUAAGAGCAUGAGAGAGCAUGGUAGAUUGUUUUAUAAUAGAGCCUGCAUGCUCAGUGAUCUCAUCUUUUGAGUAUGGGUUUCUUUUUUCAGGGGUAUCGGGAUGAUUUUUGGUCUUUCGUGAGGUGCCGUGUUCUUCCCCCCCUUCCUAUGUCUAAAGAGUUGGACAGAUUACUCAUCUAUAUUGGACGCUGUGUUGUUGUUUUUUCUAUAUAUUUUUUAACUACAGUCAAACUAUGUAUGUAAAGACCUCUUUUUUAAGGUGUGAUUUAAAUUCUUUUUUAUUAUUAUGGUAAUCUUGCUGUAAAUCACGGGCUGAAAAAGAAUUUUCAGGUAUUCACAACAUGUGAGGAAAAUAUACUUAAAUACCUGAAAACAAUUAUAUGGUGAUAAUGAAUAUGCAAGGGUUUAUUCAAAUUAUUGCAUACAUGUCGUAACUUGUUACUCUAUCCUUUAUUGGCUUAAUGUUUAAAACUGACCUUCCAUGUUGUGGACUUUCUGAUAUAGAACUGUCCAUUGAAAUAGAAUUAUUAGUUGUUUGUGAGAAUGAAAAAUUCUAAAAUCAAUUAGCCUUUGCCCACUAGUGUAAAUUCGAUCAGACACGUGGAAAUUGCAAGAGGGUCUAACCAGUCCAUAUAACCAGGUAACCGGACUAUAUUUCCGCCCUGACCAUAUAUUUUCGCCACUUAUUAUGAUUAUGACAAUAUUGCAUUGAAUUCUUUGUAAAAUAAUUUUUUUUAAUUUUUUGCUAUUCAUCAUCCACCUGAAUUCCUAUAUGUAGCAGUAUUAAUUUUUGAUACAAAUGAUUUUGUUAAAUUCCCUUGUACACUUGAUUCAGCUUUUUGAUACUGAUUUUAUAGCUGGUAAGACCAAUGUGAAUUUUUCUCGACUUGAAAUUUUUCUCAUUUGAUUUGCUUGAGCUUCGUAACAAGUGGAAGUCUUCUUAAGGACUUGCAAUAUUUUUUUUUUGUGUAAUAUGUUUUUUGUUUUUAUUUUUUCUUCGGACACUGUGUUAUGAAUAUGUACUUUCGUCCAUGUUUUGUUAAGCACUUUUUUUUCAGCACUUUUUAUGGCACUAGUGAAUGAAUAUUUUAUUAGACAAUUUUCACAACUAUUCUUACAAAGUCAGAUACUUUUUUUUCUUACUGACCAAAAAGCAUUAGAAAAUCUCUUUAAAAAAGAUGAAAAUUGUUAUAUAUUUUAAACAUUUAUGCUUGAAAGGUUAUUAAAGUUUUUUUGCUUCUUUUUUUUUCAUACCAAAAAGCUUAAAGAAGUAAAUGUAGUAAUAACCAGAAUAUUGUUAUGCAGAUAUUUUAUCAUAUGUGAGGAAGUUGUACGUAUUACCAGGAACAAAGUAAACAGCUUGAAGUGUCUAUUCUAGGAUUUGAAAAACAGGGGAAAUUUUUAUCAAAAAGUGAGAAUUUAUUAUAUUUGUUGAUCUUUUUCCUACUUUCUCUAUGUAAAAUUCCCCCCUGCCUUUGAAAAAAUAGGGCGAGUUCUCAAAAAUAUGAGUGAAUCCCCCAUCCCCACUCCCAAAAAUAGACUCUGCCUUGUGUGAGAGACUCAUAAAAUGAGAUAUAUGUAUAUAAUGAAAUCAGUAAAUUCUUUACCAAUAUCAAAAUUAUCAAUGAUUUUGAAGUGUUUGAAAGAAACUGAAGUCUGGAAUUACAUUAGAUAUCACAGCUAGCUUAUUUCUUUUUUCUGAGCCACUAGCAUCAAAAUUUUACGGAUAAUUUAGACAAUUAAAUGUGAAAUAUAGGAAAGAUAAAUAAUUUUAAUCAUCAAGAAAAGCCAUAUAGCUGAAUUUCAGACACUUUUAAAUAUAACACUUUUUGAGACAAUUUUCUGUGAGUAUACACAAAGUAAGAGGCGAAUGUGACAAAAAAGUUUGCUUUACAUUUGAUUUAUUAUGUGCUAAACUAAAAUUAAAUAAGUGCUAAUGUUAAAAGUGCUCUAGUUUUGAUGUAAUGUUGAUUUAGCUCUCGUUGUUAAAUGUACAAAUUGUUUUUGGAAGGACGAAAGGUGAAGAAAAAUAAUGUCUCGUUUGUUUUGUUCUGUGAUGAUGGUGUAACCAUUGUGUUCAUGUUAUUGUUGUGAUGUCAUCUUGUUGUGUAUUUGAGCCGCGCCAUGACAAAACCAACUGUUCGCUAUCUGUUUCUCUACUUGCUGUAGGGUUUGUAAGCGAAUAGCAUGGAUCCUGAUCAGACUGUGCGGAUGCGCAGGCUGGUCUGGAUCCAUGCUGGUCGCAAACCCAUUAUGUUGGUUUUGUCAUGGCGCGGCUCAUUUUUAUGUCAUCGACUUUUUCAGUCGUUUUUGUUCGGGCAUACAAAAAAAGUAUUAAGAUGAGCUGCUCAUCAACAUGUUGACAAGGAAAGAUUAAAACAUAAAUUAAAAAAUAAUUAACUAAAAAAAUUUUCAAAUGAUAAGAAUUUACAUAUGGAGGUUAUUGUGGUGUUAAUUUUAAACACAUUUUUUACAUGUGCAUGCACCUUAGUAAACUGUACAGGCCAGUCCCAUUUAGAGGUCAAAGGUCAAGGUUGCCAGCGUCAAGGUCACUUCGGAGUUCAUUUGAACAUAGUUCUUGACUCUUAGUUGAUUAGCAUACAUUUUGGAAAAGUUAACUCGAAUAUCUUAUUAAAAUGUUAAAAUGUAAAAAAUGAAAUAUAGAAGGGCAAUAGAACUUAACAAUUUUCUUUCAAGCUAUUGUCUAUUCUAUGUGUUAAUUUUCUAUUUGAUUAUCUUUGGUUCUUGGGGUGCUUAGUCUAUGCAGGCUGUCUGUAUACAUUUUAAAUAUUUGUGGGGGAAAUCAUUAUUAUCAGGAAAAGGGUUUUUAAUAUUCUACAUGUAUCCCUUGCCUUUUAAAAUAUUUAAAGAUGCGAUGUUUCUUGGGUGCAGGGAAAAGAUGAUAUAUUGACUUUUACUUGAUAAGCUUCAAAUUUUAAAGAGAAAAAAAUCAAUAUUUUUUCGACUACUUGUAUAUUUUUUGUUUGUCAUUCGUACAGUUGUUAAAUGUGUUGUUUAAAGUAUGUAGUAUGAGUGAUAGCAAAUAGAAUGGUUAGAUUUUGUGACAUAGAUCUGUGACUUGUGAAUUCCCGGUAGAAUUGUUCAUUUGAGCAGCGUCACGACAAAACCAACUUAGUACGUUUGCGACCAGCAUGGAUCCAGACCAGCCUGCGCAUCCGCGCAGUCUCAUCAGGAUCCACGCUGUUCGCUUACCAACUCUAUUACAAAUAGAGAAACUGAUAGCGAACAGCAUGGAUCCUGAUCAGACUGCGUGGACGCGCAGGCUGGUCUGGAUCCAUGCUGGUUGCAAACGCACUAUGUUGGUUUUGUUGUGACGCAGCUCAAUUAUUAAAUUUUUGUUGUACUGUUGAUAUAGUAUUACUGACUGAUAUAGAUAUGCAAGAACUGUGAAAUCAUUUUGGUCCAGGACAUGUUUCUUCCCCAUGUUUCUAUGAGAUUAAGGCAAACUGAAUGCACACAGAGAGAAGGCAAAUAUUGGGUGAAUUUGUCCAUUGAGAAUUAUUUUUUAAUGAAAUUAAAGGCUUCCAGAUUGAUGUAAAAAUAUGAAAAUUGAAGAACUUGACUUGAUAACAUUAAUUUUCUAGAUUGAUUCUGGUUAUUUUUGUUUUGUUUAUUUUAAAGAAAAUUGAAAAAUGUUGGUUUCAUGUCAAAGUUAUAAAUUUAAGGAUUAAACACAUGCUCCACUAAGGUCCAUAUUAUCUGCAUAGAGCAAGUGGUGAAAUUAAAACAAAUAAAUAUGAAGAAGAUAAUAAGAAAGAGUUAUACUCAAAAUUAAAUUCAAAAUUGAUAUUUAGUGCAAUUCUUAGCCCGAUGUGAGUUUAAGCAUUUCAUCGCUUUUCUAAUUGAGGUCAUUUUGCACAAUUAAAAGGAUAAUUUAAAUUUUUGAAAAGAAGAUUGAGCUAUUGAUCUGAAACUUUGCACUGUUGUUUCUUGUAUAGAACCUACAUCCAAUGGUAAAGAAUUUUUGAAAAAAUAUACCAAGUUCUGUCAUGUCAAAAAACUGAAGUGUAGUCCUAUUAUCGGAAUAUAGCCACCUUAGUGCAGUAACGGGUUAACUCCUAUUAAAUUAUAAAAGGAGUUAACCUGUUACUGCACUAAGAUAUUGAUAUGUCAUUUAGAUCAAUUCAGAAGAAAAAAAUGUUCUUCUACCAUAGAUAACAAAAUGAUUUCACAGUGUUUUCUUUUUUUUCAUGACUAGAUUUAGUACAUUUUGUACAUGUUUGUAUUUAUUAGUCAACUUGUAUCCCCUUGUUUUUUUUUUUGAAAUCUUAAAAAUUUUCUUGUUACAAAGUAACACGAGUUUUUAAUGAUGAAUUGAAAUUUUUGUUGAUUUUGAGAUUCCAUAAAGGAUCAUGUUGUAAAGUAGGUGAGUGAAUUUUUCCCCUAGAUCACUAUUAAGAUUGUUAACAAUAUAGACGACUUCCAUUCCCGAUUGAUUGCAUAUAGUGUACCUUUUGUUUGUUAGACAAUUCCUUUACCAUUGUCAUAGUGGGUUCAGGUUUGUUUAAGUAUUAAUUUUUAUUCCUCCAAUACAAUGUAUUUAACUUUAAAACCCCUUCUGAUUUGCAUGUUUUUUUCUCUCUCUCCUAUUCCUGCCUCCAAUAAAUGAAAUAUACGCAUAUUUAUAUCUUGUUUUUUGCUUAAAAGAUGUACAUUUGUAAAUGGUUAUGAAAACUGUUUUUGUAAACCAGUCAAGGUUUAUUAUCCUACCAUUGGCUGCUUUGAAUUUACAUGUCCUUAGAUAACCAAUCAGAUCCUUGAAUUUGUAGACUGGUUUACAAAUUCAACUUUUUUAUAGUCAGGGACCCUGCAUCUGACUGUAAAUCCAAUGUACAUUAUUUACAAUGUUUCAUGUCAGAUUGUAGAUGUUAAUAUUUGCUCAUUUAUAUUAUUUUUCCCCCCAUUUUUAUCACAACUUAAUUAUCAUAAAUGAUUAUACCUCAAAUAUUUACUUGUGUUAAAAUUUGAGUUAUGUUUAACAUAAAUCAUGGGAGUUGUUUUUUAUUUUUUUUCUCAGUAGUUGAUGUAUCAAAUAAGGUUAAGAAAAAAAUGAUGCACACUAUAUUCAUGAAAAUGCUAGAACAACGUAACAUACUGAUUUUGAAAUAUAUUUACAAAGUUUGAGAAUUAUGUUAAGAAAACUUAAGGCUUAUGUUAUGAAAGAGUUUUUUUUUCAGCUCUUAGUUUGUAAUUCAAAAGAUCAUGUUGAAAUGCUGUCAGAAAAAUACAUUGUAUUUUAAUAAUAAAGUUGUAAAGUAUUGUAA